GAUCCGGCACUCCGGCCCACAAUGGCGUGUCUGCAGCACUGCUGCUGCGGCUGUUCCCUCAAGACGGGCGUCGUCGUCGUUUCCGUGCUCUUUCUGCUCAUGAGCGCAGCUGUAGUCGUGGUCACAGCCAACCUGAUCCAUCAGGAGUCCAGACCGCCACCGGCUGUCAGAGGAGGCCGGCUGCCGCCAGAUGUGGAGCUGAUCGAUGCGGAGCUGACCGACGUCAUCUCCAGGGUGCUCGAUGAGCCCAGCCCGGCCAGCUCGGUCAGCACCCCAGCCGUGGCCUUCCUCGCUAUUGGUGUCAUCCAGGGCGUGUGUGCCGUCUUCCUUUUGGUCGGAGCGCUCACGGAGUGCGUGUGCCUGAUGAUCCCGUGGAUCGUGGUGGACGCCAUCGUGCUGGCGGCGACCCUCGUGGCCGCAGUCGUCGCCGACCUCAUGGUGUUCGCCCUCUUCGGCUCCGCCUUCGGCAUCGUGGCGGCGUUCGCCAUCGCCGUCUACCUGGUGGCCAAUAUCUACGCGCUGAUGGUGGUGGGCAGCUUCGACUACCAGCUGCGACACGCCGGCACCGGCUCGCCCGUCCCGGCACACUGCAGCGCCCUCUGACCCGGCCACGCUUGCCAGCCAGCAUCUCCUGUCUGGUCCACAUCUGUCUACUUGUGUUUCACUAAGCUGCAGGACACAGCUCAUUACCUCAAGUAU